CUUCCCUUUUUUUUACCGGCUUUUCAUUGGCUCUGGCUAUCAGACGCAUGCGCACUACACUAGGAAGCAUCCAGAAUGGCUAACUGACGUCUCGACAGUCUGAAAAUCGUCCGCAAAAUCUCAAACCAUGAAUAUUGUGGGCCACUUGGCAGAGACGGUCUUUGUGACGGUCAAGGAGCUGUACCGCGGCCUCAACCCUGCCACUCUCACCGGCGGGAUCGACAUCAUCGUGGUGCGGCAGCCAGAUGGCUCCUUCCAGUGUUCCCCCUUCCAUGUCCGCUUUGGGAAACUGGGCGUGCUGCGCUCCAAGGAGAAAGUUGUGGACAUUGAGAUCAACGGGGAAUCGGUGGACCUGCACAUGAAACUGGGGGACAACGGUGAAGCCUUUUUUGUCGAAGAAAAUGAAAGUAUGGUGUCCCAAAUCCCAGCCCAUCUGUGCACCUCCCCGAUUCCUCUCGCCACAUGGGAUGACACGGAGGACAACCCCGACGGAACGUCCAUCGCUCGCAGAAGGAAACGCCGUCGUAAACGCGUGCGCUCGGAUAGUUACCGGCGUGAAGAGACCAGCUCGUCGUCGGAAGAGCGAGAAAAAGACAAAGAGUCGGAGAGCGAUCAGACUGCCGAGCAGGACAGUCCGGCCAAAGAUAAUCAUAUGACACCUUUGCAAGUCAGUCACUCCGUGUACUUCUCCAUGUCUGAGGAGCCAAACGAGGAGAAGCUGGCGGCCAGAGAUGCUCAUCCGCACUCAGACGGAGACCAAUCACCUGUAGAAAAUGUGUUUGACAGCCGGCCAUCCUCUCCUAAGAGUGACUCGGAGCUGGUGGUUAAAAGCCAAGACUCCCCUGGAUUGCCGAUGCAAUGGAGCUGGGGAGGCUUUCCCGUGCCACGACAGUCUGGGAGGUCAUCAGUGGAGCUUGAGCGCUCAAAGUCUUCCCAUUUCCGUACUAUCCAGAGAGAAUGUUCCUUUGACAUGGACGAUGAGUCCGUGUUUAGCUGUGACAAAGUGAGCCAGGUGACGGUGGUCCGACCACAACCCAGGACUCAGUCUCUCGACUUGAGCUUGCACUACCCCUCGCAUUUGAAAGCUCCUAUUUUUGCCACACCCCUUCACUUGACCGGUUUUACCCCGAGUGAACUUUCAAAGUCUUGUCCGUCGACAGAGAGAGGCGACACUGAGUCUCUUGCUCUGGAAGACGCUGCAGUCGUUACUGAGCAAGCUGGCGUCAGGGGUAAAGCAGCUUGUCCUGAUGACGUAACCAACAACAGUCAGACAGUUAAAGGAAGUGAAAAGGCUGCAUUACAAACCGAUGAUGCAGACAAUAAUAGCACCGUUUGUGCAGAAUCAGCUAAUCUAGGGCCCUUAAGUAAACAAGGCUCCAUUGGCAGCGUUCCCGACAGUGGGAUUGAUCCCAGUGCCGAGGGGGGGGAGGAGGAGGAGGAGGAGGAGGACGGCAGACCUGGCGUGGCAAAAGCUGAAGCCAAAGACAACGGGACCAGCUGUAUGGCAGCUGAGGAGUUGGCAAACUGCUCAGAGACAUCCGCCAAACAAAAGCAACGAGGCAAAAAGAAGAACAGGCGUAAUCACCAUCUGGGACCAACAGACAUUUACUUAGAUGACCUGACUUCACUGGAUCCCGGGGUUGCAGCGCUCUAUUUCCCUAAGAGUGAAGUCGAGGGUUCCUCCACUCAUGUAGCAGAUCAAAGCUCCUGCUCAGGAAGCCAGUCGCCACAAUCUGUGGGCGCGCUGGACAGUGGCACUGAAUACCAGUCCGAUUCUGCGUCCUACAGCACAGAGGUCAGCAUGUCCCUCUGUGGACAAGUGGGUGACACCAGCCAGAUAACAAAAGAGAAGUUUUCGGCGCAUUCUGUGUCAUACCAGGACUUUGCCAACAAUCCAGGAAUCAUAGAAGACCCCAGCCUUGUAUUAUGUGUCAACUCCAACUAUUAUAAUUGGGCAGUGGCUGCUCCAAUGGUCUUGUCCAUGACAGCUUUCCAGAAGAAUCUACCUCAGAGUACAGUAGAGAAGCUGGUAAAAGACAAAAUGCCCAAAAAGUCAGGACGCUGGUGGUUCUCUUGGAGGAGGCGAGACUUGGACAAAAAUAAGCAACAGCACUCGAAGGAAAGCCAAGAGGAGAUGAUUGUUGGAGAUGUGACCACCGUCAAAGCCUCACUGGAUGACGUGGACAGUGAUGAGGUGGCGAGGCUUGGUCAAAAACCAUUCCUUACUUCCAGCUUGUCAACAGAUACCCUUCGCACCGCUCAGUGCAUCACCAACAUGUACCGCAAGUCCCUGCGUCUGACCUCGGAACAGAUUGAGAACUUGAAUCUGCGUGACGGAGCAAACAAGGUCAUUUUCAGCGUGACCACCCAGUACCAGGGCACCUGUCGCUGUGAGGCCUCCAUCUAUUUGUGGAACUGUGAUGAUCGCAUCAUCAUAUCGGACAUAGAUGGCACCAUCACAAAGUCUGAUGCUCUGGGUCACAUCCUGCCUCAGUUUGGCAAAGACUGGACACACAAAGGCAUUGCCAAACUCUACCACAAAAUUCACCAAAAUGGCUACAAGUUCCUGUAUUGUUCGGCCCGUGCUAUAGGCAUGGCCGCCAUCACCAAGGACUACCUGCAGUGGGUCAACGACAAAGGCACUGUUCUCCCUAAGGGUCCGGUGCUGCUUGCACCCAGCAGUCUGUUUUCAGCACUCCACAGGGAGGUGAUUGAGAAGAAGCCAGAGGUGUUUAAAAUUGCCUGUCUGGGUGACAUCAGGGACUUGUUCAACCCGAAGAGACAACCCUUCUACGCUGCCUUUGGCAACAGAACCAAUGAUGCGUACGCCUACACAAAGGUGGGCGUGCCUGACACCAGGAUUUUUACUGUCAAUCCCAAAGGAGAGAUGAUCCAGGAGAAGACCAAAACCAACAAGUCCUCGUAUUGUCACCUGGGUGAAUUGGUGGAGCAUUUCUUCCCCGCGCUUGACGGCAGCGGACCUUCUGCUUUCCUCUGUCCUGAGUUCAGCAGUUUCUCCUUCUGGAGGGAGCCUCUGACACACCUGGACCUUGACACACUCCUCUAGACUUCCCUUAUCUUACCUUACCUUUGUCGGCCUUAAUAUUUAUAGCAGAACACAUUUUCCCAGCAUGCAGUGCUGCCUUUGAUUGACGCCUGUAGCAGCUGACACAGUAAGUAAUAUAUAUUACAUAUUCACUGUGAUUACAUACAUUAGACACAGUAAGUAAUAUUUAUAUAUAUUACAUAUUCACUGUGAUUACAUACAUUAGACACAGUAAGUAGUAUUUAUAUACUGUAUAUAUAUUACAUAUUCACUGUGAUUACAUACAUAUGACUCAGUAAUAUUUAUACAUAUGUAUAUAUAUAUAUAUAUAUAUAUAUAUAUAUAUAUGUAUAUAUAUUCAGUGUGAUUACAUACAUAUGACACAGUAAGUAAUAUUCAUAUAUAACAUUCACUGAUAAAUGCACUGAUUACAUACAUAUGACACAGUAAUAUUCAUAUAUAUAUUUAACAUAUUCACUGAUAAAUGUGCUGAUGACAUACAUAUGACACAGUAAGUAAUAUUAUAUAUAACAUAUACACUGAUUACAUACAUAUGACACAGUAAUAUUCAUAUAUAUAUUACAUAUUCACUGAUAAAUGCAUUGAUUACAUACCAUAUUUUGCAGACUCUUAGCCACACCCACUAUAUUUUAGAAGAAAACAUUGUUUUCUAUAUAUAAACUGCAGAUAAAUACCAGUACGUUGUGAAAUAUUUAGUAAAUGUUUAUUUGCAUACCUAAACGGUGUUCGUAACAGGGCAGUAAAACGGCUGAUCAAAUAAAAAGCCGUUGAUGUACCGUCAGUUCUUAACUAUUAGCCGCUACUUUUUUUCUCUACACUUUGAAUUCUGCGGCCUAUAAAACAGUGCGGCUGAUUUAUGUUUUUUUUUUUUUUUUGCUGACGGCCAUAAUACAAAAAGUUUAAAAACAAAAACCAAGCAAAUACA